GAGCCGCCUGCUUCGCCCGGGCCUUUAAACGGCGCAAGGACCCGCCCCCCGCCCCCACAGUGCCUGCGCGGCGAGCAGCUGGCGGAACCGGCUUACGGUGGCGACAGCUUCCGGUCAGAACGAGGCUGGGCGGUGUGACGGGACGCCGCCGGGCAAACGUUAAAGCCAGAGGACUUGCUGUCGCUUCUAUGGCUACCUCACAAACUUCACAAAUUGUCGCAGCUCAUGUCCCCUUUGCAGAUCUAUGCUCCACCUUAGAACGAAUGCAGAAAAGCAAAGACCGUGCAGAAAAAAUCAGGCACUUCAAGGAAUUUUUAGAUUCUUGGAGAAAUUUUCAUGACGCCCUUCAUAAGAACAAGAAGGGCGUCACGGACUCUUUUUACCCGGCCAUGCGGCUUAUUCUUCCCCAGUUGGAAAGAGAGAGGAUGGCUUACGGCAUCAAAGAAACCAUGCUCGCUAAGCUUUACAUCGAGCUGCUGAACUUACCGAGAGGAGGCAAGGACGCCCUAAAGCUCCUGAACUACCGGACGCCCAGCGGAGCGCGUGCCGACGCCGGCGACUUCGCCAUGGUCGCCUACUUUGUGUUGAAGCCCAGGUGCCUGCAGAAAGGAAGCUUGACCAUACAGCAGGUGAAUGACCUCUUGGACUUAGUUGCCAGCAAUAAUUCCAACAAGAAAAAAGACCUGGUGAAAAAGAGCCUUCUUCAGCUAAUUACCCAGAGCUCCGCCCUGGAGCAAAAGUGGCUGAUCCGCAUGAUCAUCAAAGACCUAAAGCUCGGCGUCAGUCAGCAGACUGUACUUUCCGCCUUUCACAACGACGCAGUUGAGUUGCACAGCGUCACCACGGAUCUGGAAAAGGUCUGUAGGCAGCUACACGACCCCUCCGUGGGGCUCAGUGACAUCUCCAUCACCCUGUUUUCUGCCUUUAAGCCGAUGCUAGCCGCCGUGGCCGACGUGGAGCGCGUGGAGAAGGACAUGAAACAGCAGCGCUUCUACAUCGAAACCAAGCUGGACGGCGAGCGCAUGCAGAUGCACAAGGACGGGGCGCAGUACCAGUACUUCUCCAGGAACGGCUACGACUACACCGAUCAGUUCGGCAGAUCCCCCCAGGAAGGCUCUCUCACCCCAUUUAUCCACAGUGCGUUCGGGACAGACGUGCAGGUGUGCAUCCUUGAUGGCGAGAUGAUGGCCUACAACCCAGCCACGCAGACCUUCAUGCAGAAGGGGACCAAGUUUGACAUCAAAAGGAUGGUGGAAGAUUCCGACCUGCAGACGUGCUACUGUGUUUUCGACGUGUUGAUGGUUAACAACAAGAAGCUAGGGCGUGAGACGCUGAGGAGGAGGUACGACAUCCUCAACGGCACGUUUACACCCAUCCAAGGCCGGAUAGAGAUCGUGCAGAAAACGCAGGCGCAUACGAAGAAGGAGGUGGUGGACGCACUGAAUGACGCGAUCGAUAAGAGGGAGGAAGGGAUCAUGAUCAAACACCCUCUGUCCAUUUACAAGCCGGACAAAAGAGGUGAAGGGUGGCUAAAAGUUAAGCCAGAGUACGUCAGCGGAUUAAUGGACGAGUUAGACCUCUUAAUUGUGGGGGGCUACUGGGGCAAGGGCUCACGAGGCGGCAUGAUGUCGCACUUCCUGUGUGCAGUGGCAGAGACUCCGCCCCCCGGCGACAGGCCGGCUGCAUUCCACACGCUGUGCCGUGUUGGCUCAGGGUACACCAUGAAAGAGCUCUACGAUCUGGGCUUGAGACUAGCCAAACACUGGAAGCCUUUUCAGAAGAGAUCUCCGCCGAGCAGCAUCUUGUGUGGAACGGAGAAGCCGGAAGUCUACAUCGAGCCCCGCGAUUCUGUCAUUAUCCAGGUCAAGGCCGCGGAGAUCGUCCCCAGCGACAUGUACAAGACCGGCUCCACGCUGCGCUUCCCACGCAUCGAGAAGAUCAGAGACGACAAGGAGUGGCACGAGUGCAUGACGCUGGGCGACUUGGAGCAGCUGAGGGGAAAAGCGUCUGGGAAGCUCGCCACAAGACACCUCCAUGUGGGCGACGAUGACGAACCCCGGGAAAAAAGGCGGAGACCCGUCUCCAGAGCGAAGAAAGCCAUUGGAAUUGUAGAGCAUUUAAAAGCGCCUAACCUUUCUAACAUCAGCAAGGUUUCCAGCGUAUUUGAAGAUGUUGAGUUUUGUGUCAUGAGUGGAUUGGACGGCCACCCAAAGUCUGACCUGGAGAACAGAAUUGCAGAACUUGGUGGCUAUGUGGUGCAGAACCCGGGCCCCGACACGUACUGCGUGAUCGCAGGGUGCGGGAACGUCAGGGUGAGAAACAUCGUCUCCUCAGACAGGCACGACGUGGUCAAGCCCGAGUGGCUCCUAGAGUGUUUUAAAACAAAGACGUGCGUGCCGUGGCAGCCUCGCUUUAUGGUUCACAUGUGUCCAUCGACGAAGCAGAACUUCGCCCGCGAAUAUGAUCGCUAUGGCGAUAGCUAUUUUGUCGAUACGGACUUGGGUCAACUGAAAGAGGUGUUUUCGGGAAUGAGGAAAGGCAGCGGGCAGCAGACUCCUGAAGAAAUGGCCCCUGUGAUCGCCGACUUGGAAUAUCGUUACUCCUGGGAUCACGCUCCUCUCAGUAUGUUUCGACACUACACGGUUUAUUUGGACUUGUAUGCUGUCAUUAAUGACCUGAGUUCCAAAACUGAGGCGACGAGAUUAGGUGUGACAGCGCUUGAGCUGCGGUUUCAUGGAGCAAAGGUCGUUUCUCGCCUGUCCGAGGGGGUCUCUCAUGUAGUCGUUGGGGAAGACCAGAGACGAGUUGCAGACUUCAAAGUUUUCAGAAGAACUCUCAAGAAAAAGUUUAAAAUCCUGCAAGAGCGUUGGGUGACCGAUUCAGUAGACAAGGGUGAACUGCAGGAGGAAACCCGGUAUUUGCUUUAGAGCCAGCCAGCCAGGGAAAGCGGUAGCUGUGCCAGACCACAGCAGGCAGCAAUGAUGAACGGGUGAC